CCCAGUACCUUCCUGCCCGGGCUUGCGCUAGCUGCACCCAGGGGUUCCCCGGGGUGCGCGCGCCGCCGCCCAGGCUCCAGCUUGGGCUGCAGCCAGUCUCGAGGUUCUGCCUGUCCCAGCCCGCAGCUCGACAUGCCCGCGGGCGUGUCGUGGCCCUCGUACCUGAAAAUGGUCGCAGCCAGCAUGGGGGCCAUGCUGGCUGGGGCAGAAGUGGUGCACAGGUACUACCGACCCGAUCUGACUAUACCUAAAGUCCCCCCAAAACGUGGUGAACUCAAGACAGAGCUUUUGGGGCUGAAAUCCAGAGAAGAGCAAGAUCAGAUUUCUCAGCAGCAGUGAUCUACAUGGUCAGCAUUUGACACAGGGACUUUUACUCCAUUUUUGUACAUGUGGACAGUUAUUUUGCUUGACCAGAUACACUCAGGGUUCUCCAUGAACAUUAAUAAAUUCAUCUGUAUUUGUGGUUUGA